CGCACUCCCACCGGGACGACUAUAGUCGCUGUGCGCACGGGUCCGCGAAUUGUUUUCCCAAAUUUUCCCAUUGCCGUCUGCUCGCGCUACGGCACGUACACGUACACUCCGACCACGGUUUCUGUUGCACAACACGUAUCGCCGUUAUUUCUAAUAUCGUCCACACAAAAUAUUAUUGUAUUCUACCGGUGACGCGCACGCGGCCGCGUCCGGAAAACACUCCGUUUUUUUUUCUUCUCACUUUUCCACAAGUAUUUCCGAUAUAUAUUUUUUUUUACCCUCCGACCGCGCACAGGUUACAUCCGUUUUCGCGUCGCACACAACACUAUAUUCAACGAUGUCAUCACGCGUGCACGUGACGGUUUGACGACCGCUUGCAGCACUGCAUCUGCACACCGCGCGCUCACGGGCCGAGAUCUCCGCGCCCGCGACGUGCCGCACGUGUACGUUCGUUUACCGGAAACGCGCGUAGAAAACAUCGUCACCCGACCGGACACAGCGCGCACGCAAGUUGACGGACACGUACAGGACAGCGGUGGGCCCGGAAGGCAUCACGGUGGUGUCGACGGAAGAAGACGGACGGACGGUGGCCGGCGCCGGCUACUGGACGGGCGGCGCGACCGGCGGCGACGCCGACGCCGACGCCGCGGUCGCGGCCCCGUGGCAGUCAACGUUGGGCACGCUGGGCGGUGGCGUCGUCGGCAAUGUCGGCAACAUCGGUAACGGCGGCGGCGGAAACGGCGGCGGCGGCGGCGGUGAGCUGGAUCCCGUGGCCGCGUGGGGCCGUAAGCUCUACGCGACGCCGGGCAACCAUCACCGAAACGCCGCCGCGGCCGGUCUCAUGUUCGGCCUGCACCACCAUCACCAGGAGACCGGUUCGCCCGGCGGCAUUUCCGGACUGCACCAUCACCACCAUCACCACCAUCAUCACCAGGUCCGUGGCCCCGUCACAGGGCUCAAAGAAGAACCGCUGGCCAACUCGCAGUUGUCCGUCCCGCGGUCGUGGAUGCAGCCGUCCAUCAUCGAUCAAAGCAGUAUCGGUGUUGGAAGGGCGCACUUUGAGAAACAACCACCAAGCAAUCUAAGGAAAUCAAAUUUCUUUCAUUUUGUGAUCGCGCUGUACGACAGGUCUCAGCAGCCGAUCGAAAUUGAACGGACCGCGUUCAUCGGAUUCAUAGAAAAACCGGAAUCCGAGUCGCAGAAGACCAACAACGGUAUUCAGUAUAGACUACAGCUGUUGUAUGCUAAUGGUGUACGACAAGAACAAGACAUAUACGUGAGACUUAUCGAUACCGUUACCAAACAAGCCAUCAUUUACGAGGGUCAAGACAAGAAUCCAGAAAUGUGCCGGGUGCUGCUCACGCACGAAGUCAUGUGCAGUCGGUGCUGCGAUAAGAAAAGCUGUGGCAACAGAAACGAAACGCCAUCCGAUCCGGUCAUCAUCGACAGAUUUUUCCUCAAGUUUUUCUUGAAGUGCAAUCAAAAUUGUUUAAAAAACGCUGGCAAUCCCAGAGACAUGCGAAGGUUUCAAGUGGUCAUUUCGACACAAGUCACGGUUGAAGGUCCUCUAUUGGCCGUAUCGGAUAACAUGUUUGUACACAACAACUCCAAACACGGUCGCCGAGCAAAACGUUUAGACCCAAACGAUGGCAUGUUUUCUCCUCUACCCGUAGCCACCCCUUGUAUUAAACAUAUCACGCCGAGCGAAGGAUGGACCCACGGUGGAGCUUCGGUUACUAUAUUGGGUGAUAAUUUUUUUGACGGGUUGCAAGUGGUUUUCGGUAGCAAUCUAGUCUGGAGCGAACUAUUAACUCCUCAUGCCAUACAAGUACAAACACCACCCAGACCCAUACCAGGUAUCGUGGAAGUGACGUUGUCAUACAAAUCUAAACAGUUUUGCAAAGGAUCUCCCGGAAGAUUUGCGUAUAUAUCACUGAGUGAACCGACCAUCGAUUAUGGUUUCCAAAGACUACAGAAGUUCGUACCAAGAUAUCCGGGCGAUCCCGAAAAACUGCCAAAGGAAGUGAUCCUGAAACGAGCUGCGGACUUGGCGGAAGCUCUGUACACAAUGCCCAGAAACAACCAGUUAUCGUUGUCAUUGCCCAGAUCCCCAUGUUCUCGUGACAGGGACGGUAACAAUAUGUCGUCAACGGGAUCCGCGGGCACCGGCUUCAAUCCGUACACCGGUCAGCUAGCGGUCACCGUGCACGAUCACGGAGCAACGGGUCAAUGGAAUGACGACGACUACGGUCGAGGCCAGAGCAGCAGCGUGUCACCUCGGGGCGGCGGCUACGGGUCCAGCGCAUCGACGCCGCACUCGACCAACGGCACGAACGGCGGCAGCACGUACAUCAACCCGCCGCCGACCAGCGUGAGCGGCGGCGGCGGAGGCGGAGGCGGCGGUGGCGGCGGCGGCGGAGGAGGCGGCGGCGGCGGCAACGGCAACCAGUCCAAUUCCGGUCCGAACAACGGGAACGGCGGCAAUUACAACGGGUCCUCGAUGCCCAACACCACGUCCGCGGCGUCGUCCGUCCAACUGACCAACAUGAACUCGCCCACGGCCACCUCGCACCCGUCGCUCUUCAACUCCUCGUCGCGAAUGGGCACUCUAGUAACAUCUCCAUUCGCCAUGAAUCCCUUUGCACUACCUAACUGCAACGGACAACCUUACGCCACCAGCCCGUUAAUCAGCUCGUCAGCGAAAUAAAUAAUACAAGACGCAAAGUGUCAUUAAAUUAGUAUCGAUUAUGUUUUCCAGUUAUUAAAGUCGAUCGACUUGAACCGAUCCCGGAAACUUUCGAAUUACACACGUCGGUAUAGUUACGUCAUAUAAUUAUUAUUAUUAUAAUCGUUAUGUCAAACAACGCUAUUUUGGAGAAUUUUUAAUUCUAAAUCGACCAACUACAAAUUAUUAACGAUAAAAAAAAAAAAUAAAA